AUGUCCUCUUCCAAUCCAACCACCGGAGACUCCUUGAGUUUCCUGAUUGGUGAUGAUGGCAAUGUGUAUGAAGGCGUGGGCUGGGCCCUCCAAGGCACUCACACGGUGGGCUACAACGACAAGUCCCUGGGGCUUGCUUUUGUGGGGAGCAUAGCAGGAAGUUCCCCCAGUACUGCUGCCUUGUCUGCGGCAGAGGAUUUAACCUCCUUUGCUGUCUCUAGAGGUUACCUCUCAUUCAAGUACAUCCAACCACUGUUUGUUCAGAGUGAGUCCUGUCUGGCCUCCAAUAGGAGUGCCGUGUCCAAGAAAGCCAAAUGCCCUGACAUCAUCCCUCGCUCCUCCUGGGGAGCCCGAGAAACUUACUGUGCUAAGCUGCUUGAGCCAGCCAAGUAUGUCAUCAUUAUCCACACCGCGGGCCACGGUUGCAAUGUGACCGAAGAAUGCAAGACAGCCGUUCAAAACAUCCAGUCCUAUCACAUCGACAAGAUGAAAUUCUGCGACAUAGGUUACAAUUUCCUGGUAGGUGAGGACGGGAGAGUGUAUGAAGGAGUGGGCUGGGACACCGAGGGCGCUCACACUUACGGCUACAAUGACAUUGGUCUGGGAAUCGCUUUCAUUGGCUUGUUCAGUGGAACUUCUCCCAAUGCUGCAGCCCUAAAGGUGGCCCAAGACUUGAUCCAGUGUUCAGUGGACAAAGGCUAUUUGAUUCCUGACUAUCUUCUGGUGGGACACAGUGAUGUCGUCAACACGCUCUCCCCAGGGCAGGCCCUGUAUGAUAAAAUCAAGACCUGGCCUCACUUCAAACACUGA